UUAGUUGGACGCACAGCAGGUGCAUGUUUUGGGCUGACCGCCCUUUGCUCGUGUAUAAAAGGGAGGCGGUAAUAUCUCAGUCCAAUAACAAAAAACAUCAUCCACAGUCACUAAAGACCCAUCCUCGAGCGCUACAAUGAAGUUCAUCUCACUCACCACUAUGAUUGUGUCUGCCGCAGUAUUGGUGGGCAUCGUUAAAGCAGACUCGGACACCAACCCCAACGGGGGGCCAUGUGCCCAGAACAGCAAGUAUGAGUGUGGACGACUCGCGGGUUAUAACGGGAACAUGCCAUUUUUGUUCUACUGCAAUAUAAACAACAUUGUCGAGGUCGUUCAAAUGUGCCAUUGUAUCCAGUGCUGUUCUGUCAUCCACGGAGGUGUAGGCAACAGCGGGUCUGUGACUUGCACAUAAGAGGAAAGAAAGGCUAUCUCUGUAACUGGAAUUGGCUGGUGCUGGGGAAUAGCUUUAUUUUCACCAGAAUGAGUCCUUUGGGAUCGUAGACCCUAUGUUGGAUAUGUCUCGUCAUAUGCUUUCCUUCGUAUAUGUUUUUUGGGCGGUGUGGCACUAUGAAUCUGUGUAUUCGAACAC